AUGCCCGUGAUAACACGUGCCGCAGCCAGGCGGAAAGCCCAAGAAGAACAACGGAAACUCUCCAAAAGUGAUGGAACGUCUUCGCCGACAGCUAAGGAUCCCGAUCCAUACCAGAAUCUCCACGUCCAACCACAGCGUGGACACGAUGAAGCUGGAAACUUGGCAGGUCAGGCAGAAGAAUCUCGUCGUCCGGCUCCAGUAGUGGCCCAGGACGAUGUCGUUGGUCCAGAUUUGCAUGACGCAGAUGCUUUGCAACCGGAUCCUUCUAAAAAUGGCGAGACGGAUCGGGAGAACAGCAGCAGUGGUGGGGAGAUGUACAGCAGUGCGAACGGCGACAGCCGGCGCAGAGUUGCCAGCCUGAUGUACCGCGUGAUGGCAGUACCCAUGGCCCAUACACACACAGACGCCCCGAUCCUAGCUCGCGGCCACGUGAUGCUUCACCGAUCAUUGGAGCCCGUGUCAGGAGUUCGGUAA